AUGGAUAAUUCAUCCGAAAUAAAAACUGAGCAGGAUCUUAUAUCUAUCACGAAACGCGACGACGACUUCUACAGGAAUAUUUCAGAUAAAUUUAUGGAAAAUAUUGGAGUCGAUGAUCAGAGUAUCGACGGUAAAGAAUUCAAUGUCAUCACCCGCUCUUUCAAUCUUACUAGACGACAGUGGACGGAUUAUUAUUUAUCAGCUCGUUAUCAGGAGGAUUACGAUUUUUUUGCUGAUAAUACGAUAACAGAACACAGAAAGAAGGCAAUGUUAGUCAACAAUGCUCUACAAAUAUUGAUGCAUUCUCGUUAUAAAAUCGCUGGGGCCCUGAAACACAGGAUGGAGUACCGCGAUGAUAAAAGGUAUCGCUUGGGCUACCUUUUCAAUAGAAUGCGCCGUUUAAUGACAGAACAGAGAAAGGUGAUCACAUUGGCUCGUUCCCAGAACGCCAUUUAUGAGACAGAGAGUUUAGACUCGACUGUGAGCCUCUACGAAAGAGUGGUAAGGUUGGACGUCGACAUUAGAGAUACGACACUCAUGAUAAAAAGUGAAUACGGAAGAUAUUCUGAAAUAGACCAUACGUUUCCUACAAGGUCGCCUAGAGGCGUUAGAUCUCCCAAACCUAAAACCCGUAAACCGACGACUGUUACCACCACGGUGCCGGCGGAGCCUGCAGAGGAGCGACUCUAG